UUCUGUUGAUAAUUAUUUAAUAAGUGAUAAUGAAAUUAAUGAAAAAUUUGUUAGUUUCAUACAGAGUGUUUUGAAAUCGUAUUUAUUAAAAAUGGCAAAUAUGCAAAGUGAAAUACACAGCAAUUUUAUAAGAAGCUUCAUUCUAACUGCAUUUGACAUGGCCAGAGAUAUACAAAUUACACCAAGAAGAAUAUCUUAUGCUCAACAAUCUGAGGGAGAGCUGUAUAAAACACUCGUAAAAAUUGCAGGAGAAAAGCAGGAAGAAAUUGCGCGAAUAAUACAAGUAACUCUGCAAGAUAUGAAAUCUAAUGUACCUGAAGUUUUGGAGGAUUAUAUUCAAAGAGAUUCAAAUUGCCAAAACUCAGGAAAAAUGGCCACAAUGGAAAUUCAACAGUUGGUACUGAGAAAACUUGGCAAAUCUGUUGCAAAACAACUUCUUCAGUCAGUUGGGUGUUUGCAGGAAAGUUUUACAGGGACUUUACAGCGUUGCUUAGAAAAUUUAGAGAAAAAAUGCAAUGAUCAAGAAGGAAAUUUAUUGGCAUCCGAUGCUGUUAAACAAAUAAUAACAGCCGCCUACAAUAUUGAAUUAAAAUCUUCUUCGUCUUUUUCUGUUGUCUCGUCGUUUAUGGAUCGUCUUCGAAAAUUCAUACAACAUUUUCAAAUGCCUUGGUCAACUUGUUCUCAACCCCAACUUAAUUAUCAGUGGCAACUGCAGGUUGCAACUGACAUGAUAGAUUCCCUAAGUGCCUCCAGAUUAGCGAAAAGUAUUUCUUCUCAAUUUCAAGAACAUGUUAAAUCAUCUCAUAAUGCCUUUCACUCUGCCAUGCGUUCCUUAGAGAACCAAUUAUCUGGAAAACUGGAAAGAACCGAAGAACAAAGGAUUGCAAUUCGUAAACAUUAUGCUCCCACUUUCGCUCGUCUUGCUUUGUAUAGUACUUCUUUGUGCGAUUGUGUUCGUUAUGGUAUGCCAAAACAAACGAGGGAAAUAGGGAGAGGACAGUAUGGUGUCGUAUAUUCCUGUGAACCCUGGGGUGGAGUUAAUCCAUGUGCAGUCAAGUCUGUUGUGCCUCCCGAUGACCGCCACUGGAAUGACCUAGCUAUGGAGUUUUAUUAUACAAGAACAAUCCCAGAACACUCUCGAAUUGUAAAACUGAGAGGUUCCGUUAUUGAUCUUCAAUAUGGUGGUGGUUGCUCUCCAGCAGUUCUUUUAGUUAUGGAGCGUAUGACUAAAGAUUUAUACUGUGGCUUAAAAUCAGGCCUAUCUUGGAAUAAACGUCUACAGAUUGCCAUAGAUGUUGUUGAAGGUAUCCGAUACUUACACUCUCAAGGACUUGUACAUCGUGACAUCAAAUUGAAAAACGUUUUAUUGGAUGGCGAAGAUCGAGCUAAGUUAACAGACUUUGGUUUCUGCAUUCCUGAAGCGAUGAUGUCAGGAAGUAUUGUAGGAACGCCUGUGCACAUGGCCCCUGAACUUCUCUCUGGGCAGUAUGACUCCAGUGUUGACGUUUACGCGUUUGGUGUUCUGUUUUGGUAUAUUUGCGCUAAUCAAGUGCGGCUUCCAUUAGUUUUCGAACAAUUUCAAAAUAAAGAACAACUUUGGUGUAAUGUUAGAAAAGGUGUGAGACCAGAAUAUCUUCCACAGUUUAGCCCAGAGUGCUGGCACUUGAUGGAGCAAUGUUGGGCGGCUGAACCUUCACAGAGGCCUCUCCUUGGCUAUGUACAGCCCCAAUUGGAAACAAUAAGAGACAAAAACUUAACUUCUAGUCCCCAAGAUACCGUGGGCUAGAAAGAAGAAAAGAAGAAGUUACGUAU